AUUCUAUGUUUGUAUCACAAUGAGGACGAGUGUGUAGCUAAAAUCUCAAAAUUUUAACUUUGAUGUAUUAAUCAAAUAUAAAUACCUAUCUAAAAAUUUUAUUUACUCCAUUGUUAUAUUAUUGUGAUUAUAAAUUAAUCUGAAAAAUAAUAUAUCAAUUUUGUUAUUUAUUAUUAUUAAUGAUCUCUUAACAAAACAAAAAUUAAACGCAACUGGAUGGACAUUUUUCGUAUUAUUAAACGUUACUGGGUUGUAACUGCUUUUCCUAUUCUCACUACUAGUCUUAUUAUUUUAGAUCUUAAACGUACUCGAAAUUGGAAAAAACUUAGUGAACAGAAAAAAUUAAAAUAUGAAUUAGAAAAUUAAAAUGGCAUUCCUAAAAAAUUCACUUGUAACACAAUAUAGUUUGACUGUUGUUGGACUUAUUGGUGUAUAUAUUUUGACACGCCAUUUAUAUAAUUAUGCUUCUGAUUUAACAAUGACAACUUAUCGUGAUAAAUCAGCUUUAUAUGGAAGAGAAUUAAAACCUGGAGAGCCUCCGUCUUGGCCAUAAUAUGUUAAUUAUAUUUCCUAAAAAAACUUUAAACUUUAAAAAAUGUAGUAAAAGUUUAUUGUAAAUUAAUAAUAAAAGAAUAAUAAAGUAGUAAUAAUGUAACAUGUAGUAAUGUAUCAAUUAUAUAAAUCAUUAAUUUUCUUUUAAGAUAAUGAAAUAAAAAAAAUAUUGCUUAAAAAAAUAUAUGUGAUACAUGAAAUAAAUAAAUCUGUUUUUAUGAGAUAAUUAAUAUACAACAUAUUGAAAUAUUGCAUUAACAAAAUAUUAUUAUUUCUUAAGUAAUAAAUGUUUUUAUUUCUUAAGUAAUUUUUAUUGUAAUUUUGUAUGUUAUGGUAUUUUGAUAUUCUAAAUUAUCAUGAAUAAAUCUAUGGAUUUUUUAUUC